AUGGCGGCGCGCUCCGGCGUGGGGCAGACCCCGGCCUGGCCCCCUGCACCAUCCCCGGGCUUGGCCUGGCCCCCCCAGACCCCGGCCUGGCCCCCUGCACCAUCCCCGGGCCCGGCCUGGCCCCCCUCAGACCCCGGCCUGGCCCCCUGCACCAUCCCCGGGCUUCGCCUGGCCCCCCCAGACCCCGGCCUGGCCCCCUGCACCAUCCCCAGGCAGACGCCCCUGCUCACCCUCUCGGACCCCCACCCCCUUGCUUCCCCUCAGCGCCCCUUGCCGCGGGACGGCUACACACAGAUCAUCGCCGAUAACCGAGGACAUCUGCUCCCCUCCGUGCCCCGUUCCAAGGCUUCCCCCUGGGGCACCUUUUUGGGAACCUGGGACAUGCCCUUGAAAAUUCCCCCAGCCAGGCUGAAUCUGACCUCGCGUUCAGCCGCCGCAGCGGCGCGACUCACCGACUGGAUCCACAAGUCCGCCCCCCUGACCAGCGCCUGUAACGGCCUCCGACCAGAGAUCGCUGGCAAGCCCCAAGAGCUUUGGUCAGACACGCAAGACGCCAGGGAGCCUUCCAGAAGGGCCAGUCAGACAUCUAGCAAGCGCAUCCAAAUUCCCCAGCUCUCUCCCAAAAUGCCACUGGAAGAGGAGUUUGGCCAUGAAGUGCGUGCCAUGGUUGGGGUGCCGCUGUCUCGCAAGCUCGGCCGCCUGGAUGUCCGGCUGAGAGAAGAAGUAUCACCGGAGAUCCCAGCUUCACAGCAGCCUCACUCCAAGCAAGUCAAGCACAGGACAGACACCCCAGUGGAGGUCCCGCUCUCCCGCCAGCCCGCCUUCACGGAUCUUAGACUCAGGGAUGCCAUGUCACCCAAAAUCCACUCUACUUCGAGGGAAGCUAGCCCUCAGCAGGCCACGUCGGCAGAUGUCUCCGCUGCGAGCUGGUCCGGCUCCGUGGAGGCCAAACCCAAGGGGGGGAGUUCACCCAGUCUCAUGGUCUCGCCCUGUCCUGGGCCAGCGGAGGCCAGUCCCCGAGGAACCACCUCACCUGAGGCGCUGGUGCCCAGCCGCUCUCACUCCAAGGUCGGCAGCACCUCCAGGACACGGAAGGCAACGGCCAAAAGAGAGAAGAGCGCGUCCCCAGAGCACGACGGGUGGACGAGGCGGCCGCCGUGCUCCGAGGAGAGGGCGGCACAGAUGGCCUACCCGGGCUCGAGCGUGAGACAGGGGCAACCGCCUUGCGCGCGGUUUUGAGCCCUUCUCGUUCUCCUCGUUCCCUCCCCCUGGCUGCGGGCACUUCCCCUCCCCUGCUGCUCCCUGCAUCUAGCACAAACCAGCCCUCCUUCAUCUCGCUCGCAAGUAAGAGGCUCCAGGUGGGCGAAGCGAGUGGAGCCCAGGACACACAGGCUUCCCCGUGCUCAGCGGCUGGAAAUGCGCUCAUGACCUUUUCCAC